CUCUUUAUAUUUUCAUUAUCUUAUCCUAAUCAUUUCUUACAUGUUUCAUUCUCCACAGUGAACUUUUUCAUGAUGGAUUUGAUGAAUCAGACUUUCAAGUCUGAAUUCAUCCUUCUUGGAAUAUUUGACCACAGCCCCACCCACACUUUCCUCUUCGCUCUGGUCCUGGGCAUCUUUGCUGUGGCCUUCAUGGGAAACACUGCCAUGGUUCUCCUGAUCUACCUGGACUCCCAGCUUCACACCCCCAUGUACUUCCUCCUCAGUCAACUCUCUCUCAUGGACCUCAUGCUCAUUUGCACCACAGUACCUAAAAUGGCCUUCAACUACUUGUCAGGCAAGAAAUUCAUAUCUGUGGCAGGUUGUGGAACCCAGAUAUUUUUCUAUGUGUCCCUGCUUGGAGCCGAAUGCUUCCUCUUGGCAGUUAUGGCCUAUGACCGCUAUGUUGCCAUUUGUCACCCAUUAAGAUACCCAGUUCUCAUGAGCCCGAAAAUCUGUGGUCUCAUGGCUGCCUCUUCCUGGCUUCUUGGUUCUUUUGAUGGUGUGAUUGAAGUUGUGGUCGCCUUGUCCUUUUCAUACUGUGCUGCUCGGGAAAUACCCCACUUCUUCUGUGAUGUCCCUGCCCUUCUCACGCUCUCAUGCACAGAUACGUCAGCAUUUGAAAGGAUGAUAUUUAUCUGCUGUGUAAUUAUGCUUCUGUUCCCUGUAGCAGUCAUUUUGGCUUCCUAUACCCGUGUCCUUCUGGCUGUCAUUAGCAUGGGAUCUGGGGAAAAUCGUCGCAAGGCUUUUGCCACCUGUUCCUCCCACCUUAUGGUAGUAGGAAUGUACUACGGGGCAGCUAUGUUUAUUUAUAUGCGGCCCACUUCGGAUCGUUCACCAACUCAAGACAAGAUGGUAUCAGCCUUUUAUACAAUUCUCACUCCCAUGUUGAACCCUCUCAUCUAUAGCCUCCGCAACAGAGAAGUAGCCAGAGCCUUCAUGAAGGUCAUAGGGAAGGACAAGUCAGGAGAGUAA